ACGGCGCACUGUACACACUCUGAUGUCUGUUCUUCAUCUUCCCCCCCUUUUUUCGCGCCAUAACUUUCUUUGUUUCACACCUGUGCUAGGGCUCAUUCACUCUUCAGCUCUUCAUCUCUCUCGCUUGAGACCACCUGAAAACUCGCAUCAUGAGAUCAUCAGUAUUUCUCAGAGCACUACUCUGUUUGCUCCUCUCUACGGUUCCUGUGCUUUGUGGAGUAUCAGCUAUCACCACAAAUGUAAUGGCUUCAACCCCAGAAGGCAACGAGAACGUGACUAACAGUGAAUCUCCUACAACUGCAUCUCCAGGUACUGUCAUCACCACUACAGCUCAAAUAACGACCACAAUCAAGAGCACGUCCUCAGGAGCUCAGGUCCCUAAAACGUCAGCUGCAACCAUCUCACCCCCGACUUCCAGGUACGGUGUCAGCGUGGCCUUGUGCCUGAUCCUCUUCAUCUGCUUCUUAAUCCUGCUCUUCUUCUGCGCUUAUAAAUGGUACAUUCGUAACGGACGUCCCUCCUUCACGGAAACUCGUAGAAGAUUAGCAGAAUGGGUGAGGAACGCCUGGGUGGCGGCUGGUCUGAGACCGUCUUCCAAAGACGACGAGGAGGAAGAGGAGGAUGAGGAGAAGGAGGCAGGAAAAGAGGCAGAAGAAGAUAAAAAUCAAGGACAGUAUGCCGAAGACGACGGAGGUGACAGCGAUUCUUCUGAUUACUCAAACAUGGAAGGUCUUACUGUGUCAAAAAAAACGGAAGAAAACGACGGAGAUGAUGACAUGUCGUCAGUGGAGCUCAAGAACGAGAAGACAGAGAGAGAGAAGGACGAUCUUACGGUGCUGUGAAAACAUGAUCAGCAAAUUCGUUCCAUUCACCUGCCUUAUAAAUUUACAUGAAUUUAUUCAAAAUCAUUUGCAUGUGUGUUUGCAUUGUAUUUACAUUACGAAUAAAUGAAUACUUAGUGAA